AUGGAUGGAAUGGGUGGUGGUAACAGUACAAAAGAAUAUAUGAAUAUGUCGAUGCAAAUGACAUUCUACUGGGGUAUGGCUUCGGAAAUUUUGUUUAAAGGAUGGUCAGGCCAUCAAACAGGUAUGUACGUAUUAGCUUUGGUAAUCAUUUUUGCGCUUGCAAUGCUUGUUGAGUUUCUUGCAUACACGGAUUUCGUUAAAUUUGGGUUGACGCCUAUCGCGCUAAGGAUACUGCUAGCGAUGAAGCAUGGUAUUCGUGUUGGAUUACUUUACUUGGUCAUGCUUGCUGUCAUGACCUUCAAUGUUGGUGUCCUCAUAGCAGCAGUGUCUGGUCAUGCGCUUGGGUUCUUUUUUUCCGGCAGUCGGACGAUUUCACCGGUUAAUCCUGAAGGUGCUGGUGCAUAA